AUGAUUAUUGGCCUAAUUAUCUGUGCGGGGGCCUUACUCGGCUUAUGGCUUUUGGAGAAGCUGCUGGCGCCCAAAGACACACAUCCUCCCCUCCCUCCAGGACCGUGGAGGAAGCCUAUCAUUGGGAACCUGACCGACUUUCCGCCAAAGGGAACCCCGGAAUGGUUAUUUUGGGCUAAGCACCAAGGGCGAUAUGGGCCCAUAAGCUCCCUGGAGGUCAUGGGGCAGACCAUUAUCAUGAUCAACGACGCUCAAUUGGGUAUAGAGAUUAUGCACAAGAAGUCAGCCUUGAGUCAGAUGAUCCCAGAUGCCCCCUUUGCGCAUAUGGCAGGGUGGGGCAUGAGCUUGGCUACCGAGCGCAAUAAGCAAGCAUGGAAGACCAUUCGAGCCAAUAUGAAACAGGAAAUCGGGACCAGGCGAGCCAUUUCUACUUUUCAUCUCAAGAUGGAAAUCGGCAUUCGACGAUUCUUGUUGAGGACGUUAGACAGUCCGGACGACCUUCGGUUCAAUAUCCGGAAGGAAGCGAACGCCUUCAUGAUGGAUGUGGCCUAUGGGUACACGAUUGCGCCGCAUGGGAAAGAUGAGUUGUAUGAUCUGACCCAACGGUCAGUUCGGCAGUUUUCCCACAUCUUCUCUCCGGGAGAGUGGAGUGUCAAUUUCUUCCCCAUACUGCGAUAUGUACCAUCCUGGUUCCCCGGAGCUUCGUUCCAAGUUAAGGCAGCAGAAUACAAGCGGACCAUCGAAAAGAUGACUAUGGUUCCCUACUUAUGGAUAAAAGAUCAGGUCGCUCGGGACUGCUGCCGUCCUUCCGUUCUCUUGCGCUUGUUGCAGAAGGGUCACUAUGAAUCUGGAUCACAGGAAGAACAGGUGUUAGUAUGGACGAAUGCCGAAUUCGUUAUGGGAGGAUCGGACACGACAGUGUCGGCUGUGUCUAGCUUCUUCGUGGCCAUGGCCUUGUACCCCGAGGUUCAACGCAAGGCGCGUGAGGAGCUCGACCGCGUCGUGGGACCAACUACUCUGGCGACCUUCGAGCACCGCUCACAGUUACCCUUUAUUGACGCCCUUGUCAAAGAGGCAUUUCGAUGGCAUCCUGCUUCCCCUUUGGGUGCCCCCCAUAUUACGCAGGAGGAUCAGAUCUGGGAUGGUUAUCUGCUGCCCAAAGGGGCUCUCCUACUGCCGAAUAUCUGGGCCUUUACCCAUGAUCCCAGUGUCUACCAGGACCCCAUGGUGUUCAAGCCAGAGCGAUUCCUGGAGGGAAAUGGCUCCCCGCCGGAAACAGAUCCCAUGAAAUUUGUGUUUGGCUUUGGGCGUCGCAUAUGCCCCGGUCGGUUCCUAACUGACGAAAAGCUAUUUUUACUUGCAUGCCACACGCUCAGCUGCUUCUUGGUCUCGCCCAAGGAUCCAGCAGCUCCGGAGCCCGACUGGUUGCCGGGGGUCAUCAGCCAACCGAGCCCGUUUGGCCUUAAUGUGGUGCCUCGCAGCCCUGCACACGAAGCAUUGAUUCGCUCAAUCGAGACGGACCAUCCCUGGAAGAAUGCCGAUGCUACUGACAUCUCCCGAUUCAUGGCCAGAAAUGAGAUGAUUUGA